AUGUCUUUCAGUCUUGGUGAGAACACGUUGAAGAUCUCAGCAGAGCUGUUCGCUGAAAAUCGAGCUCGCCUUGUUGCAGUAUUAAAGAAGGUUGAGCCGGGAACAGUCGUGGUAUUACGAGGAGGAAGCGAAAUCAAUCGCUACAAUACUGACGAAACAGAUGAGCCGUUUAGACAGGAGUCAUUCUUUUUCUGGGCCUUCGGUGUCCAUGAAAGUGAUUUCUAUGGAGCGAUCGAUGUGGACUCAGGGAAAUCGUGCCUCUUCCCACCAACGCUCGACCCCAGCUAUGCCAUUUGGGAUGGCAAGCAUGUUUUAUAUUGUUUCUACAGUGAAAGGCAGAUCAAUGAUGAAACGUUUUUCAAGAAAAAGUAUGAGGUCGACGAAGUUCAUUUCCAGACUAAAAAUGUCAUAAGUGACUACAUCAAAAGAAUGAAAGCGAGGAAAAUUUUACUUCUGAGAGCGGAAAACUCUGACAGCGGCAACGUUAUGGAGCCACCAACAUUUCCAGGCAGGGACUCGUUUGAGGUCGAUAUCAAGACGCUGUACCCAAUUAUGGCCGAGUUACGUCUUCUAAAAACGGAUAAAGAACUGGAAGUGAUGAGAUAUGCCACUAAAAUCGCCUGCGUAGGUCACCGUGCGGUAAUGAAAGCGGUACGUGUAGGAAUGUACGAAUUCCAGUUAGAGAGCAUUUUCCGUCACAUCGUCUAUUACCACGGAGGAUGUCGCCAUCUCUCCUACAUAUGCAUUGCACCAUCUGGUGGCAACGGAUCCAUCCUUCAUUACGGACAUGCUAAUGCUCCUAAUGACAAGCAGAUCGAGGAUGGUGAUAUUUGUCUGAUAGAUAUGGGACCGGAGUACAACUGCUACGCGGCUGAUAUUACUACCACAUUCCCUGCAAAUGGGAAAUUCACCGAAAGACAGAAAAUAAUCUAUAACGCCGUGCUUGAAGCAAAUAGAGCGGUAUUUAGGACAGCCAAACCGGGCAUUCGAUGGUCGGACAUGCAUCUUUUGGCGGAGAGAACAAUACUUACCCAUCUCAAGGAGGCCGGGUUACUUACAGGUGACGUUGAUGAAAUGCUAAAAGCAAGAAUUGGAGCCAUAUUCAUGCCUCACGGCCUUGGUCACUUGAUUGGCUUGGAUGAACACGAUUGCGGUGGAUUUUUCGGGGAUGCAUUGCCCCGCUCAAAGCUACCUGGGCUAAAAUCUCUACGCACCACUAGGACACUGAAGGAAAGAAUGGUGAUUACACUCGAACCCGGUUGCUAUUUCAUUGACACCUUGCUCGACAGCGCAUUUAAUGAUCCAAAGCUAGCCAAGUACUUAGUGAAAUCAGAAAUCGAAAAGUACCGUGGACAAGGAGGGGUUCGAAUUGAAGACGACAUCGUCAUUUGGGAAAAAGGCAACGAAAAUAUGAGUAAUGACUUACCAAGAACUGUUGAGGAGAUCGAGAAUUUCAUGGCAUCCGGUGUGUAUGACGACACGGUAAUUCGGGAAAGGAUUCGCGAUUACCUUAACAGACAUUAA